CAUUAGUGUGGUCAUGGAAUAAAUGAUUCCAUCUGUCCUUCAACGAGUAGUCUUUGAAAACUCAGUGUAGAAGACUUAAAAAUCGUAUGAAAAUGAAAAUUCAGCAAACUUGAGCCUUGUUGAAGUUGGACUUGAGAGAAGCUUCAGGGGCCUUUCCUUGAAAGAGUCCAAAUAGAAUAUAUCUUUCACAAAUUCAAAAAAGCAUUUUACAAAACGACAACCGAUUUGGAAGAGAACGGCAAAGCAAGCAUGUAUCUGCUGGGUGAACAUCGAAGCUAGCGCUGAAGCUGAUCCAUGCUUGCCUGGUCAGAGGAGGACCCAUGCCCUUGAGAUCUCUCACAAGGGAAGAGUACUUUUAACACUUUUGCUACAAGAUUUUUGGGCGUAAAGAUUGAAAGAGGCUCAAAGAGUUCUUACAAGAAGAGAAGAAGGCGGAGUUUUUUUCACAUUUUUGCUCCAUCUGUCUUUGAUUGUGGAGUCUAUUUCACAACUCAUGGAAAAAUCAUGGCUUACACGAUAUGCACAGGAGUCUUGUUCUGAGGAUGGUGAAACUGAGGCUUCUUCACCUCAGUCGUCGUCCCCACCUUCCGUGAAAGAAGUUGGGUUCCAGUAUGACGUGUUUCUGAGCUUUAGGGGACCAGACACGCGCAAGACCUUCACCGGCCACCUGCAUCAAGCACUGAAAGAUAAUGGCAUCAUCACUUUCAUCGACAAUGAGAACUUGGAGAAAGGGCAGAAGGUGGAUGAGCUAUUUGGGUAUAUUCAGACAUCCAAAAUAUUCGUGCCCAUCUUCUCCAAAGGCUAUGCUGAUUCAGACUGGUGUUUGAAAGAAAUAACCGAGAUCGUGAAGUGCGAGAGGCUCAUCAUUCCGGUGUUCUUUCAUGUCGAGCCAAGAGAUGUCCGUCAUCAAACUGGGCCUUUUGAAUCUGCAUUUAAAGGGUACCAUGCAAGUCAAGAAAUGGACACUGAACAAGUGAACAAAUGGAGUGAUGCAUUGAAAAAAGCAGGGAAAGUAUCAGGGUAUACUUUGGCUGAAACUGCAGGUGACGAGGCAGAGCUCAUCCGGCGCAUAGUGAAGAGACUCUUGACUGAAGUAAACAAGACCCGUUUGUUUGUAACUAAGCAUCCAGUUGGACUCGAUUCUCGCGUUGCAGAUGUGAUGGAAGUGCUAGAUAUUGAACCCCAUGGUGAUGCAAGAAUAGUCGGGAUCUAUGCAAUGGGUGGCAUGGGCAAGACUACUCUUGCUAAGGCUGUUUAUAACCAAAUUUCUUCCCAUUUUGAGGCAUGUAGUUUCCUUUCUAAUAUUAGAGAAGCAGCAAAGCAAUCCUCAGGACUCGUUUCCCUCCAAAAACAGUUGCUUCGUAAUAUUUUCCAAGAUAAACAUGUGGACAUAAGCUGCAGCGACGAAGGAAUUGGCAAAAUUAAAGAACGAAUUCGGGCUAAGAAGGUUCUGCUAGUUCUUGAUGAUGUUGAUGAUCAAUCACAACUCGAUGAGUUGAUCGGCAACCUUAAUUGGUUUUGCUCAGGGUCAAGAAUCAUCAUUACUACCAGGGAUAAGGGGGCUUUGAGAGAACAUAGAGUGAAUUUGUAUGAGCUUAAGGAGCUGGAUGCUGCCCAAUCACUGCAGCUUUUUAGUUGGCAUGCAUUUGGGAAAGAGAAGCCAGAUGCCAAAUUUGCAGAAUUAUCAAAGGAAGUUGCAUCUAUUGCUUCUGGGCUGCCAUUAGCCCUUAAGGUAUUUGGGCCACUUUUCCUUGGUUUCAAAACGGAUGAAGAAUGGGGAACUAUGUUGACAAGGUUGAAGGCCGCUCAACAUAAAGGUAUUUAUGAGAAGCUAAAGAUAAGUUAUGAUGUGCUUGAAGAAGAAGAAAAAAAGGUAUUUUUGGACAUAGCAUGCUUCUUUACUGGGGAAGGAAGAGAGCAUGCUACCCUCAUGUGGGAAGCUUGUGAUCUCUUCCCAGAGACAACAAUCGAAGUCUUAAUGGGCAAGUGUUUGGUCAGUAUAAAUGACUUCAGAGGAGAGUUUGAAAUGCAUGACCAUAUACGAGACAUGGGAAGAAAAAUUGUGAAAGAUGAGAGCCCUUCAAAUCCUGGAAUGCGGAGCAGGUUGUGGAAAGAUGAUGAAGCAUUAGAUGUACUGGAAAACAACACAGGAACAAGAAAUGUCGAAGCCAUCAAGCUUCAAAAAUGUGCAUCAGGGUCUCUGAACACAAAGUCUUUUGCAACAAUGUCUCAACUUAGAAUGCUCCAAUUGGAUACAGUGAAAUUGGAAGGUAAAUAUGAACAUCUUCCUAGGACGAUAAGGUGGUUGAAAUGGAGCCCAGAAGGCUUGGAUUCAUUACCUGCUUCCCUUCAGCUUGACAAUCUCGUUGUUCUUGACUUAUCAUGGAGCUCUAUAACUCGAGUUUGGAACCAGCCAACAAAUGCAAGGAUCAAGGUAUUUGACAAACUGAAAGCCUUAGAUCUCACUGGUUGCAAGAACCUUACCACUUGUCCAGAUUUUACGAGCAUGACACAUCUAGAGAUAUUGAAAUUUGUUUUUUGUGGAAAGAUGAGGGAACUUCAUUCAUCUGUUGGGCAUCUCAAGAGCUUGACUCAUUUGGAUUUGCGAUAUUGUGUAUCACUAAAGCAACUGCCUCAAGAAGUUUGGCAGUUGACCUCACUCGAAAGCCUUGACUUCAGUUUUUGCUCUCUAACUUUGCCGUCAAAGUUGGGGGAUUCUAAGUCAUUGCUGCUUGAUAAAUUGAAAGUCUUAAAGAUGGGAGGUCGUAAUAUGGUUGUCAAGUGUCCAGAUUUUACGAUCAUGCCACAUUUAGAGAUAUUGCGUUUUGAACAUUCUGACAUAACUGAACUUCAUCCAUCUAUUGGGCUUCUCGAGUGCUUGACUCACUUGAAUUUGAGUCUCUGCACAUCACUGAAGAAAUUGCCUGAAGAAGUUUGGCAGUUGACCUCGCUCGAAAUACUUGACCUCAGUCAUUGCAACAAAAUUUCAACUUUGCCAUCGGUAAUGGGAGAUUUGAAGUCACUAAGGGUGUUCUUCCUGGCCGGCACAGGCAUAAGAACUUUGCCUGAAUGCAUUUGUUCAUUGCUCAUUCUUGAAGAGCUAGAUGCUUCAAAUUGCGAAAGUCUCACUUCAUUACCCAAGUCGCUUGGCAAACUGAGGAGCUUGAGGAAGCUUGAUCUGAGUAGGACAGCCAUUGAAGAGAUGCCAGACUCCUUUUUGUCGUUAGAGAAGCUUCAGGUCUUAUCAGUUGAUCAUUGCAAUAAGCUCAAAUUCAUACCUGCCUCUGCUUCUAUUUGUAUUGGGUCUUCAGAGAGACAACACUACUCUCUCCCUCAGUUCCCGCCAUCCCUUACUAAACUUAUAGCGAGUGGUUGCAGUGAAUUGGAAAUGAUAGCAGAUCUCUCAAACGCAAAGCAAUUAAUGGAGUUGAAUCUAAGUAGCUGCCACAAGCUUGUGGAUGUUCCUGGCGUUGAGCAGUUGACAUGGUUAAAGCACUUGAAGGUUGGAGGAUGUAGAAGCCUUACCAACUCCUUGAGGAAAAGACUUCAGAAGGCAAACUUUCAACAUUUGAGCGAAUUCUCCAUCUCUGGGAGCAGGAGCGAUGGCGAGCCGUCUUCACCAUCCUUCUCGUUCCUUCUUCCCAACCAUUUCUACGAAGGUCUCUUAUUGUUGAACGUCGGCAAAGACUGCAAGGGCAACAAUGGCUUGGAACUGCAUAACAGCACUGAAAGCGAGGGAGACGCGCUCCCCCCACACCGCCUGGGUAGAAUCUUUAUUCAGAUGGAUGACACCCAAUUUGUCUUUUCAACCUUAAUUAAAGAGAAAGCAUUUGGGUUGUUUCCCAAGGCUACAUUUGAAAGGGAUAGCGAGCUGAUGAUGGGGUUAAGAGAAGGAAGAUUUAUGAGAAACGGUGAAGCUCAGAUGAGGACGAUGAUGAAGAUGCAUGUGUCCAUCAAUGGCCGCGUCCUACUCGAUGGUGGCGUGUUCACCACUGCUACUUCCACCAUUACCACUAGGGGACAUGAGUUGGAUGAUUUUCGUCAAUUAGGUGAUGAUUCUAUCAUUCUGGUUGCAUUUCAGAUGGAAAAACGAACGGUUUAUGCCAACAUAUUAUACUGGCUUUUGCCGUUCUAAUAUAAUUACCUAAAGAAAAUGAUCGUUUGCUUAAUUACUUGUAAAUGCAAGCAAGGAAAACAAGCAAUGGCAAGGGAGGCACUACACCUAUUACGUGAGCAUGGUGGCCAUUUGGGGUUGACAAAAUGAGAAGACUGUUUGUUAAUUUUCUAGUUUGCCUUUGUACAGAACGGUUCCUUGUUUGUCUUUGGUAGAUAUGA